AUGAAGCAAAAGAUAGUUAUCAAGGUGCAAAUGCAUUGUGACAAAUGCAGAGUCAAGGCCAUGACGAUCGCUGCAGAAGCAAAUGGUGUAAGCUCAGUGAGGAUAGCAGGGAAAGACAAAGAUCAGGUUGUGGUGACUGGAGAAGGAAUUGAUUCAGCAAAGUUGACCUGUUCACUCAAGAAAAAGCUUGGGUAUGCCGAUAUAAUCAGAGUGGUAGAAGACAAAGGAAAAUAUGAUGAUAAGGAGAAAAAGUCAGAACUAUGCAAAUUCUAUUCAUCAAGUUAUUGUCAAUGUCCACACUGUACCUUACACCAUGGAGUGGUUUAUGAUCCAAACCCAACUAUCUGUUCCAUCUUGUGA